UCUCGGGGACACGCCGUAGGGACCUGGAGCUGGGCUGGUGGUGGGACGAGUUCAAGCGAGACCUCCAAGUCCGGGUACGACCCUCUGAGCCCCGAGACUAUCCCAGUGUCCCAGCCCGGCUUGCAUCUGAGCGGAGGAACCGGCUCCAGGAUUCUCGUAGCCCAAGGGCUUUUCCCAGACCGAGAAGCCAGGUCUCAACACCCCAGCUGGGGUCUGUCCAGGAUCAGUACAGAAGCCUGAGCUGGUCUUUAUUAGAAAUGGAUGUUCCCAAGGCACCCUCUGGUGGAUUUUGGAGUUGAAAGUCUGUGAAUUCCAAGUGAUGGCCAGGGUCCUAGCAUCGAGCCCCAGAACCUUCCUUUGGAAUGAGACUCUGCAUGAACAUUACAACUAUGUGGGCAAGCUGGCCAGCCGGCUGAAGGAUGUCCCUGAGGGCAGCACCCUCACCACUGUGCUGUUCCUGGUCAUCUGCAGCUUCAUUGUCCUGGAGAACUUGAUGGUUCUGAUUGCCAUCUGGAAAAACAAUAAAUUCCACAACCGCAUGUAUUUUUUCAUCGGCAACUUGGCUCUCUGUGACCUGUUGGCUGGCAUUGCCUACAAGGUCAACAUUCUGAUGUCAGGCAAGAAGACACUGAGUCUCUCUCCCACAGUCUGGUUCCUGAGGGAAGGCAGCAUGUUCGUGGCCCUCGGGGCAUCCACUUGUAGCUUACUGGCCAUCGCCAUUGAGCGGCACUUGACCAUGAUCAAAAUGAGGCCAUAUGAUGCCAACAAGAAGCAUCGAGUCUUCCUUCUGAUUGGGAUGUGCUGGCUUAUUGCGUUCUCACUGGGUGCCUUACCCAUUCUGGGCUGGAACUGCCUGAACAACCUCCCCGACUGCUCCACCAUCCUGCCCCUCUAUUCUAAGAGAUACAUCGCCUUCUGCAUUAGCAUCUUUACUGCCAUCCUGGUGGCCAUAGUGAUGCUGUACACACGCAUCUACUGCCUGGUGAAGUCCAGCAGCCGCAGGGUGGCCAGUCCCCACAACUCAGAGAGGUCCAUGGCCCUGCUACGAACUGUGGUGAUUGUGGUAAGUGUGUUCAUUGCCUGCUGGUCCCCACUUUUCAUCCUCUUCCUCAUCGAUGUGGCCUGCAAAGUGAGAGAGUGUGCUGUUUUGUUCAAGGACAAGUGGUUCAUUGUGCUGGCAGUGCUCAACUCUGCUAUGAACCCUGUCAUCUACACAUUGGCCAGCAAGGAGAUGCGGCGUGCUUUUUUCCGACUGAUCUGCAACUGCCUGGUCAGGGCCCAAGGCAUCAGUUCCUCACCUAUCCAGCUUGCUCUUGAUCCAAGCAAAAGCAAAUCCAGUGGCAGCAACAAUAGUUGCCCCUUCCCAAAGAGCAAGGAAGACAUUCCUCAAACAGUCACUUCCAUCUGCAUAACUGACAGAAACAAAACCGUGCAGAACGGGAUCCUCUGCAAGUGAGACCAAGUCUCAAGGUUCAGGGGUCUUCACAACUACACAGGAGGAGAGGCAUCCAACUGUGCAGCCACGUACUUAUUUAUUACAUGCUUGCCAGGGUUUCACCAGAGCCGAGACUCAGGACAUCUGUUCCUGUCCCUUAAGGCUGGGACCCAAGGACUCACCAACUCAUUUCAGUGUAGAUGCCAUUCCUUGUUCAUUUCAGGUUCCAAAAACUUCCAAAUGUACAAAGCUACUGAUGUCAUCGCCACCUUCUCCUGACUCCCACUGGUCACUCUCCAGUGUUCCUGGAAAGGGAAAGUCAUGGGCCAUUCUGUGUACAGUGUGUUUCCCAGGACACUGGGACAAUGUUUGGCUAAUCAUACUAUACUGACUGCUCCCAGAAUGGAUGCUGUGUGUCUGUCAUCUGUGGGCUGUGUGGCAUUGGUGUUUCACAUUUCUGCUAUGGGCACAUGCAGAAGCUGCAGUACUCAGUGUAGUCAGCAGGUAACACAAGCAUGUUCUGACCAAACCACCAGCUGGGACAGAAGCAAGAACAGACCCGUGGCCUGCGUCAUCUUUCCAAGUUGCUUGAAGCAGCCAUAUGUUUAAUGGAAAAUGUCUAUUGAAUUAGGACAGAACUUUGAUCUUAUGUUAAGUUCAAUUCUCUAUCAGAAAUACGCUAAGUCAGUACCCCUCAUGUUGGCAAAGCUGGGGAGCUGGGGCCAGCAGCCAUCUCAUGACUUCUGGAAAACAGACCCUGACAGUCACUAUUAGAACAAUUCAACUGUCGAGGAAGAAAAUGUGAUCUGGUGAUUUGCGCAUUCUUCAAAGAUAUGUAACAUCAUAAUCUUACCUUUCAGCAUAGGUCCAGGCUGUGUCACUCUGUUAAAGGGACUGCCUGGAGGUAUUUUUGUGUGUGCUCUUCCCCAGGGAUCCUCUAUAAAUACAAACAGAUGAAAAGAAGCACACAUAUGCAGAGCUCUCAUUAGCACACAGUUGACAUGUUGAAUUCUUUUUUUUUUAAAGCAAAACAACCUUCAAAAGGAUUCUUACUUAGGGAACCUCACAUGAGAACCCCCUGAUAUUUUUAGGUUCAGUGAGAACAUUGCCUGAGUAAAUACUAAAAGAGUAGUCUUAACAUACUAACUAUUUUGAAGAAAAUUUGACUCCUGUUUUAUCUGAUGUAAAUUCCUCUUAUUAAGGAAUAGUUCCAUGAGUACUGGGGGAUCUCUAUGUACUGACCAAAGACUUUCCUCAUUUUAUUACUGCUGAGAUAAAUCCUAUUUGUAAGGAGAUGUUCAUCAGUGGCAUUUUUUGUUACAUUCUUUAUAUCACUGAAAAGGAGCUUAUUCUUUUACCAAAUAACUUAAGAAAGCCCAGGGCAUUUCUAGAAAAGUUAAGCAUUAAGGUACUGGCUUGCAUGGCUCAGUGGGUGAGGUGUCACCUUGCAAACUGAAAGGUCACCAGUUUGGCUCCCAGUCAGGGUACAUUCCUGGAUUGUGGGCUAUGUGUUCUGCCCCAGUCAGGGUGCUUGCAAAAGGCAAAAGACAACCAAUCGAUGUUUCUGCCCCCCUCUUUCUCCCUCUUUCCCCCUCUCUCUAGAACAAAAUUUUAAAAUUAUUUUUAAAAAAAGAAAAAUGGAGAGGAAGAUGGUGACAGAGUAGGACAGAGUGGAUUCCAGUUCCCCCUACACAUGGGAGAAAAACCUGGCCAAUCAUGGAGGAGCAGAGCAAACAGCCAACAGUACCCCAGCAUAUAUGAAAAUAAGAGACCAAAAAUUGUAGCGGACACUGAAAGACCUGACGGUAAGAAGAUGGCUGCAAGACAGUAAGAUCCGAGGGACCAGCGUGGAGACAGGAGGCAGCCUCAGACCACACCUGGUGCCCUGCCCUGGGUCUACCAUGAACUCUUUGGGAACUGAGGGCUGGGACGCAGGGUCCUUGGGAGAGAGCCAGGUCAUCAGCUCCCUCCCUCCCCAGCCAAGCAGGGUUUCAGCAACACCAGGAGAGACCUGUUCGCUUGAAGUUGCAGAGAGGGGAAAAAGGACAGGGAGGCAAACACAAGGGUCGUGAUCCCCCUAGGAGUCUGUGGUCACUGGUUUGGGAGAAUUGAGAGUCUCAGUGUCAGGCUCUGAACCCAAUGAUCACCUGUCUGGCUGGAGAAUUGGGUUUUGCUGAAUGGCAGGAUGGAGUGGGAGGAAUCUCUCAAACAGUAAACUGUUUGGGGGAUCCUCCUGAGACAGCCACUUGGCCUACUCCCCACCCAGCCUGGCAGUGAUCCCAAGGUUGGGUGGAAGGCCUUGCAUUCCCCCAUAGUGCUAGGAAGGGUUCACGCCCAAACCUACAGGACCCAAGCAGCCUGGCCAGACAAGAGCACCCACACCCCAGCCCACGACGAUGACUCCUGGAGAAAGAGUGCUCUGAAGAAGACAUGGAUCCCCUGAGUGGGGUGCUGGGGAGAGGUGCCAGACUAGCUCCAAGGACAGUGCUCAUGAGACUGGCUGGGUACACAUCAGGAAGGGAGAAAGGCCCCUGAGCCAGCUGCAGCCAACAAGAACAAAAAAACUGGUUCGACCAGCUUGAAACCAAGAAAAGGUGUUUUUUUGAGUAAUUUUUUAUUUUUAAAAUUUUAUUAUUGUUUUAUCUUUCAAUACCUUUUUGCUCUUUUUCCUUCUUUCUUGUUUUACUCCUUUCUUUCUUUCCAAACUUUUCACUUCUUCCUCCCUUCCCCCACCUUUGUUUUCUCCACAAGUGAGACAAAAAACUUAGAACUGCAAAAUGACCAAAGAGGGGGCAUCCCAACAGUAGACAAAGAGACAAAUUUCAUUUUGCUAUGGCAGAGAAACAACAAGUUACUGCAUAUUUGUAUUUUUUACUUUUUCAUUAUUCUUACAACUUUUAUUUUAAUAGUGUUUUUGUAUUCUUUUUUCUGUAUAGUCUUCUUUGCUUGGAUGGUUAUAUUGUAUCAUUUGACAGGUUUCCCUGUUCUCUCUUACACAGUGUAUUGCUAAUUUACUAUCCUUCACUUCACUAUUGUUCCUUUAGCACACUACUCAAUGUCCUAUACUCCCUAUUCUUGUUAUCCAGAUCACAUAGAUUUUGUCAUAUGAUUGUUGCUCUAAUAUUAUUGUAAAUAAUAGCUGUUCCAUACAAUUGUAAAUACUUCACAACACCCCUUCCAGAUCUUAGCCCAGUUCACAGUUUCUUGAACUCUAUUACUAUAGUGGUUAACUAUUCUCUCACACACUACAUCUACUUACUAUCCUAUACUCUCACCCUACCUCAGAAUCUGACCUCCCAUAACCUCACUAUUUUCUAGAUCCAACUCCCAAUCCUUCCCUUCCAAACAAAAGUCUUAUCUUCUUUCCAUCCUUUCUUAAAUGUGGCUAGUUGGAUUGAAAUUACUGUUAACACUAUACAUAGCCUAAAGAUCUCCUAUCUCUUCUCUACCAGCUGCUACUGUGAAUAUCACAAAAUACUCUCCUGCUGUCAUAAACCAUUUUGCCUUCCCCUCCAACUGAUCACAAAAAAAAAGUAGGUGGAAGUGGUGAUGAACACCAGGAUACCCACUGGAAGAUGAAACCCAACAACGAAGGAACCACCAACAGAAAACAACAGAAGAAGGUGAAGGAGAGAGUGGAAACCACACAAACCUCAGUCCAAGAUCUACCUGGAAAUACAACUAAACAAUGUACAAACUACACAGUGCAAACAACUGAACAACAGCAAAAGAGAACCCUAAAAACCUUGUACACAUGGAAGAACUAGCUUCAACACAACCUGCCCUCACCAGCACAACAAAUUACAACAGGUGGUGGACAGAGGGAUUAUCAGUUAUCCAGCUGGUGGGAAGGACCCAUAAGGAAAAGACCCAAAAACAACCAAAACCCUAAGACAAACACAGAGUCAACUUAAAGGACAGCCCAAGACCAGUAAGCUUGGGAGAUAAAGGAGACUACACCACUGAAUCUCACAGGUAUUAUACCACAGAAGUUCACACCAUAAACACAGAAAGCAAAAACAAAUCAAUUUAAGAAGCCAAAGCCGACGAGAAGAGUCUCAUAAACAAUGAGAAAACAAAGAAACAAUCCUCAAACAAAAAGAAAGAAGGAAGCCUCAGAAAGAAUUCUAGAUGAAAUAGAGGCAAGUCAGCUAUCAGAUAUUGAAUUCAAAGGACUGGUUAUCAGGAAGUUCAAAGAGCUCACAAUGAGCUACCAGAAAUUAUAGGGGAGCUACAAUGAACUCACCACAAACUAUAUCAACGUGAAAAAGGAAACAGAAAUUAUGAGCAAGGGCCAAAAGAAAAUGAAGAAUACAAUUUCUGAAAUGAAGAACACAGUAUAAGGAAUCAAACGAAAGAUCAAUGAAGCAGAAGAUUGGAUCAGCAAGGUGGAGGACAAAGUAGAAAAAAAACUUCCAGAAAGAGGAAGAAAAAAAAAAAGAGACCCAGAAAAAAUGAAGUGGAAUUAAGAGAAAUACAACAAAAUAUGAAACAUAAUAAUAUCUGAAUAACAGGAAUACCAGAAGGAGAAGAAGAACAGGGGAUAGAAAACCUAUUUGAAAAAGUAAUGAUGGAAAACUUCUCUAAUUUGAUGAGAGAAAAAGUCACGCAAAUUCAGGAAUCACAGAGAGUCCCAAUCAAGAGGAACCCAAAGAGGCCCACUUCAAGACACAUCAUAAUAAAAAUAGCAAAAUUCCAAGACAAAGAGAGAAUCUUAAAGGCAGCAAGGGAAAAAAGGAAGUAACAUACAAGGGAGUCCCAAUAAGGUUAGCUACUGACUUCUCAAUGGAAACGCUCCAAACCAGAAGAGAACGGCAAGAAAUAUUCCAAGUAAUAAGAACCAGAGGCCCACAACCAAGGCUACUUUACCCAGCAAGGCUCUCAAUCAAGAUAGAAGGCCAAAUAAAGAGCUUCCAAGACAAAAGAAGUCUAAAAGAAUAUGCCUCCACCAAACCAGUUGUACAAGAAAUACUAAAAGGACUCCUUUAAGGAAAGGAAGGAAAAGUGAGAGACAGAGAAGAACACAGGUACAAAAAUGGCAAUGAAUAAGUACCUAUCAAUAAUAACCUUAAACAUAAAUGGAUUAAAAGCUCCACUCAAAAGACAUAGAAUAGCUGAAUGGAAAAGAAAACAUGACCCACACAUAUGCUGCCUACAAGAGACCCACCUCAGGACAAAAGACUUAGAGAGAUUGAAAGUAAAAAACUGGAAACAAAUUUUCCAAGCAAAAAGACAGGGAAAAAAAGCCCAGGUAGGAAUACUCAUAUCAGAGACAAAGUAGACUUCAAAAAAAAGGGGGGGCUAUAAAGAGAAACCCAGAAGGUCACUUCAUAAUAUUCAAGGGAAGAAUCCACCAAGAAAACAUAAACAUUGUAAAUAUAUAUGCACCCAACAUAGGAGCACUCAAAUAUAUAAAGAAAAUCUUAAAGGACUUCAAGAAAGAUACUGACAGCAACACAAUUACAGUAGGAGAUUUUAACACCCCACUGUAAAAAAUGGACAGAUCUUCCAAACAAAAUAUCAACAAAGAUAUUGUGGUAUUGAACAACAUCCUAGAUGAAAUGAACUCAACUGAUAUAUAUAAAGCACUUCAUCCCAAAGAAGGUAAAUACACAUUCUUUUCAAAUGCACAUGGAAAUUUUUCAAAAGUAGACCACAUGAUAGAACACAAAACAAGCCUCAAUGAAUUCAACAGAAUUGAAAUCAUACCAAGCAUGUUCUCUGACCACAAGAGACUAAAACUGGAAGCCAACCCUAAAGGAAAAAACCCAAAACACUCAAAAUCAUGAAGAUUGAACAGCAUGCUUUAAACACUGAAUGGGUCAAGAAUGAAAUUCAGGAAGGAAUCAAAAAGUUUCUAGAAACAAAUGAAAACGAACUCACAACAAACCAAAACUUAUGGGACACAGUUAAGGCAGUCCUGAGAGGGAAGUUUACAGCAAUACAGGCCUACCUAAAAGAGAUAGAAACAUUUCAAACGAACAACCUAACAAUAUGCCUACAAGAACUGAAGGAACAACAACAAAGACAGCUCAGAACAAGUAGAAGGAAGGAUAUAACCAAGAUCAGAGCAGAAUUAAAUGACAUAGAGACUAAAAGCACAAUUCUAAGGAUUAAUGAAUCCAGGAGCUGGUUCUUUGAAAAAAUAAACAAAAUCAACAAGCCUUUAAGCAGGCUUAUCAAGAAAAGAAGAGAGAGGACCCAAAUAAACACAGUUGAAAAUGAAAGAGGAGAGAUUACAACUGAUACCACAGAAAUACAAAGGAUUGUAAGAAAUUACUAUGAAGAACUGUGUGCCAAGAAAUUUGAAAACCUAGGUGAAAUGGAAAAAUUUCUACAAAACAAUAAUCUUCCAAACUCAGUGAAGAACAAGUAGAAAGCCUGAACAAACCAAUAACAGCAGAUGACAUUGAAGCAGUAAUCAAAAAACUCUAAUCACACAAAAGCCCUGGACCAGAUGGUUUCACAGGAGAAUUCUACAAUGCAUUUAAGAAAGAGCUAACGCCUAUUCUUCACAGACUAUUAAAAAAAAUCCAAAAUGAUGGAAGGAUCCCAAACCCUGUUUAUGAAGCAAGCAUCACUCUAAUCACAAAACAAGAUAAAGACACAACAAAGAAAGAAAACUUCAGGCCAAUAUCGCUGAUGAACAUAGACACUAAAAUCUUCAACAAAAUAUUGGCAAACUGCAUCCAAUAAUAUAUGAAAAAGAUCAUAAACAAUGACCAAGUGGGAUUCAUCCCAGGGAUGCAAGGAUGGUUCAACAUUUGCAAAUCAGUAAAUGUAAUACAUCACAUAAACAAAAGCAAAGACAAAAAUCACAUGACCAUAUCAAUAAAGGCAGAAAAAGCUUCUGAUAAGGUACAACACCCAUUUAUGAUCAAAACACUCAGCAAAGUGGGAAUAGAGGGAACAUUCCUCAAUAUAUUAAAGGCCAUAUAUGAGAGACCUACAGCCAACAUCAUACUCAAUGAGCAAAAACUAAAAUCGUUUCCACUAAGAUCAGGAACAAGACAAGGCUGUCCACUUUCAUACUUGUAUUCAAUAGAGUAUUGGAAGUUUUAGCCACAGCAAUCAGACAAGAAAAGGAAAUAAAAGGCAUUCAAAUUAGAAAGGAGGGAAAAAAACUGUCACUGUUUGCAGAUGACGUGAGAGUGUACAUAGAAAAUCCUAUAGACUCUACCUGAAAACUGCUCAACCUAAUAAAUGAUUUUGCCAAACAGCAGGAUACAAAGUCAAUAUCCAGAAAUCAAAGGCAUUUUUGUGUACUAACAAUAAAUCAGCAGAAGCAGACAUCAAGAAAAAAAUCCCAUUCAAUAUAGCAUAAAGAAAAAUAAAAUAUCUGAGAAUAAACCUAACCAAGGAGGCAAAAGACCUGUAUGCAGAAAACUACACAACACUGAAGAAAGAAAUCAAGGAAGACACAAACAAAUCGAAACAUAUACCUUGUUCAUGAAUUGAAAGAAUUAACAUCAUCAAAAUGUCCAUACUACCCAAAGCAAUAUACAGAUUCAAUGCAAUACCUAUUAAAGUACCAAUGGCAUAUUGCACAGACAUAGAAUGAACACUUUAAAAAUUUAUAUGGAACCAUAAACGACCCCGAAUAGCAGCUGCAAUUGUCAGAAAGAAGAACAAAGUAGCAGGGAUCACAAUACCUGAUACCAAACUGUAUUACAAGACCACUGUAGUAAAAACAGCCUGGUACUGGCAUAAAAACAGGCACAUCACCAAUGAAACAGAACAGAGAGCCCAGAAAUGAACCUAAGUUUCUAUGGUCAAUUAAUAUUUGACAAACUGGGCAGUAACAUAAAAUGUAGUAAAAAUAGCCUCUUCAACAAAUUGUGUUGGGAAAACUGGACAGCUAUAUGCAAAAAAAUGAAACUGGAGCACCAACUUACACCAUACAUUAAAAUAGAUUCAAGAUAGGUAAAAGACAAAUAUAAGCCAUGACACCAUUAAAUUCCUAGAGGAGAACAUCGACAGGAAAAUAUCAGAGAUAUCACACAGCAACAUUUUCACUGAUAUGUCCCCUAGAGCAAGGGACAUAAAGGAAACAAUAAACAAAUGGGAUCUCAUCAAAAUUAAAAGCUUCUGCACAGCUAAAGAAAACUGUAUUAUAAUAAAAGAGAACCAACUGUAUGGGAAAACAUAUUUGCCAAUGAUACCUCAGACAAGGGUUUAAUCUCCAAAAUAUACAAAGAACUUAUACAACUCCACUCUAAGAAGACAAGAAAUCUAAUUAAAAAAUGGGUGAAGGACUUGAACAGACACUUCUCUAAAGAGGACAUACAGAAUAUCCAGAGACACAUGAAAAGAUGCUCAAUAUCACUAGCUAUCAAAGAGAUGCCAAUUAAAACCAGAAUGAGAUACCACUUUAUACUGGUCAGAAUGGCCAUCAUAAACAAAGCAACAAACAACAAGCGUUGGAGAGGAUGUAGAGAAAAAGGGACCCUAGUUCAUUUAUGGUGGGAUUGUAGACUGUUACAACCACUAUGGAAAACAGUAUGGAAUUUUCUCAGAAAACUAAAAAUGAAUCUGCCUUUUGACCCAGCAAUUCCACUGCCAGAAUUAUAUCCUAAGAACUUUGAAAUACCAAUCCAAAAGAACCUAUGCACCCCAAUGUUCAUAGCAGCACAAUUUACAAUAGCCAAGAGGUGGAAGCAACCUAGGUGCCCAUCAAUAAAGGAAUGGAUCUGAAAACUAUGGUACAUUUAUACAAUGGAAUUCUAUGCAGCAGAAAGAAAGAAGGACCUCCUACCCUUUGCAACAGCAUGGAUGGAACUGGAAAGCAUUAUGCUGAGUGAAAUAAGCCAGGCAGUGAAAGACAAAUACCAUAUGAUCUCACCUUUAACAAGAAGCUAAACAACAAAACAAACAAGCAAGCAAAAUAUAACUGAAGACACUGAAAUAGAGAACAGGCUGACAUGGACCAGAGGGGAUAGGGGACAGAAUUUCAGGAGAAAAGGGGAAGGAUUUACAGGAAGUAGUAUAAAGGAC